GCAGCUGGGCCGCAGUAGCCGAGCGGCGGUCGACCCCAGCACACCUCGAGACACCGCGCGGAGCAGCCGCACCACACCGCACCACACCGCACCACACCGCACCACACCGCACCACACCGCACCACACCCAGAGCGGGAGGAUGACGUCUGCACGCCUGGUGCUGACCGCGACGCUGGCCUGCCUGUUCGCCGCGCCAGUUGCCGCCAAAGUUGGAGCGCCGGGGCGGGUGGUAUGCUACUUCAGCAACUGGGCCAUCUACCGGCCCGACGUGGGCCGCUACACCAUCGAGGAUGUGCCGGCCGACCUGUGCACGCACCUCAUAUACUCCUUCAUCGGCGUCAGCAACGUCACGUGGGAGGUGCUGGUGCUCGACCAGGAGGUGGACGAGGACAUGCGCGGCUUCGCCAACUUCACGGCGCUGAAGAGCAAGUUCCCGGCGCUGAAGACGGAGGUGGCGGUGGGCGGCUGGGGCGAGGGAGGCCGCAAGUACUCGGGUCUGGUGUCCUCCAAGGCUCGCCGCGACUCCUUCAUCGCCAGUGUCGUGGCCUUCAUGAAGAAGUACGACUUCGACGGCUUCGACCUGGACUGGGAGUACCCAGGCGCGGCGGACCGCGGCGGCAGCUUCUCCGACAAGAACAACUUCUUCUUCUUCGUGGAGGAGUUGCGGCGCGCCUUCGAUGCGGAGGGCAAGGGCUGGGAGAUCACCAUGGCCGUGCCGCUGGCCAAGUUUCGUCUGCAGGAGGGCUACCACGUGCCCGACCUCUGCCAGCUGGUGGACGCCAUCCACGUGAUGGCCUACGACCUGCGGGGCAACUGGGCCGGCUUCGCGGACGUACACAGCCCGCUGUACAAGAGGCCGCACGACCAGUGGGCCUACGAGAAGCUCAACGUGAACGAUGGGCUGGAGUUGUGGGUGAGCAUGGGCUGCCCGCCAGACAAGCUGGUGGUGGGAGUGCCCUUCUAUGGCCGCUCCUUCACGCUGGGCCAAGGCAACAACAACUACGAGCUGGGCACCUACAUCAACAAGGAGGCAGGCGGCGGGAAGCCCGGACCCUACACGCAGGCCAAGGGCUUCAUCUCCUACUACGAGAUCUGCGCUGAGCUGCAAGAGAAGGGCAGCAACUGGACACAGAGGUGGGACGGAAUUGGCUUCGUUCCUUUCGCCUACCAAGGCACACAGUGGGUGGGCUACGAGAACGCGACCAGCGUGCAGAUCAAGAUGGACUGGAUCAAGCAGAAGGGCUACGCCGGCGCCAUGAACUGGGCCAUCGACAUGGACGACUUCCGCGGCCUGUGCGGCGAAAAGAACCCGCUGAUCCGCGUCAUGAGCGCGGGCAUGCGGGGCUACACAGUGCCGGCCAGCACCGUCAGCACCACGCCACGGCCCGAGUGGGACAGACCGCCCAGCACCACGCCGCAAGGUGGCCGGCCCACCACCGCCACAACGGCCACCGUGGCCACCACGACGGCCACCAUGACCAGCCGUAGGCCCAGCUGGUCCACCAGUACCACCACGAGGCAGCCGUCCACCAGCCGGCCCGGCACCACAACAACCACAGCCACCACCAGCACCACCCAGAGCAACGAGAUCCUGGGCGACUGCCAGGACAACGACUUCCUGCCGCACAAGGACUGCAACAAGUACUACCAGUGCGUGUACGGCCGGCCGGUGGAGUUCACCUGCGAGCCAGGCACCGUGUGGAACGAGAAGAUGAAGAUCUGCGACUGGCCAGCGAACAGCGACAACGAGCGAUGCCGCGACUACACGGGCUAGUGCUGCCGCCUGUUGAGCAGAGCUUCAACUGCAGCCGCAUUGUGUCCAGUCUCGGUACUGAAGAGUGCACCCCUGACAGUGUCGUGGUGCACAGUGUUGAAACUUGAAAACUGCAGUCGCCAAACGUAACCACUCCGAAGAUUCUCUGUGUUGGAAACAUCCCAAACAGUUAUGCUGUUCAAGAGAAUCCUAUUUCUUUUUAGUGUUAAGUGAACACGUUGUACUGGAAAUGUCUGUGUGAAAUUUUUGUGGUAUGCAUGUGACUGAUAUAUUUAUAUUCAUGUUAUUAUUAUUUCUUAAUAACUAUUUAAUUUUAGAGUUCAGAUAUACAGAAUUUACAAUUUAGUGCAGAAUAUUUAUUUAAUUUAAGGAAUAUUUAAGUUUAUGAAGAAAAAAACUGUUACCUGAAUUUUAAGUAAAAUAUAAGUUAAUUAAAAAGCUUUUAUUUUUGUA